GUCCAGGAUGAUUUAUGCUUAGGAAAGGCUGCGUAAAUCCGUGAAUCUGGAGACGACAAUAUGUGUCGCCCUUAUAGAAUGCCCAAUGUCCUUGCAUGCUGUAUAGCCAUUGUCAUUCACAAUGACUGGCAUACGGGGACUAGGUGUGAGUGCUGCCGUAAAACAAUGUGCGCCUUGCUACAAUGGCCGUGAGCCUAUUCGGAGCCGGAACUCCCUAUUCAGCGGGCCAGGGCGGAGCGGACCCGCGCAGGACCCGGCGACGCGGAGCCCGGCGCGCCGGAGCACUAUUUCUACCUCCAGCCCAGUUUCUUCUUCCGAACUUCACGGAAACCAGCAAUCCUCACCAGAAGACCACCCAGCACACUACCCCUUUUCCUACAAGAAUAACGAUGUCGGACACGGCCCCCGGUUCGCCUCGUCGUCCGGAGUCCCCUGCUGCCCUGGUGGCGGAGGGUUCGGCUCCGGCCACCCGCACCACAACCGGAACAGCCGCCGCCGCCGCUCACGCUCCCGCUUCUGCUCCGCCCUCGCCGGUGCGCAGCACCACCACCCCCAUCGCCAGCACCACCUCCGCUCCCGCUGCCUCAACCACGCCCUCUCCGCCCCCGGAGCUGACUUUCGCGCGGCAGCCAGUGCACCGGGCUCUGGGACCUCGCAGGAGCGAGCUGACACAGCAGCUCCGGAUCCGGGCUUUCGCUGCCCGUGCUGUCUUCAACCAUUCCGGCCCUGCCAUCUAUCCCGUUGUGCAGGCCCCCCCCACCCCGCCUCCCACUGCCCCGGCCACCGCCAACCCGCAGCUGUCCGGGUGGUCGACCGUGGUGGCCUCCCAAGCUUCGCAGACGGAGGAGGUGAACGAAGGUGAGUUGUCUAUCUCCUUCAUUCGUCCCAAAGUGCCUUUGGAGCUAGAUAGGGGAUGAACCAGAAAGGAGCGCCCAGGGCUCCCUUUGGGUUGUG